GAGGCUAGGCAGAUGCAGCUGCAGAGACAAGUCGACGAACGCCAGAACAUUAAAACCAAAAUAGAAUUUCGGAAGGAGUUGUCGCUGGAAGAUUAGGAAUUUGACAUCGAUGGAUUAUCUCAUACUGAGUGAUGAGUCAACUUUAAACUGAAUUGCAUCACGAUUCUCCAGCGGACAAGACAUAAUUCAGAACACAGUUAACAAAAGACAACCAGACAUGACUUCCACAUCUCGCUUUCAAGCUGGAGUAAAGCAAGAGUACAUCUUUCGAGAAGCUCACCAUCCUCACCAUGUCCUCGCUGGCCUCAAUGAUAUGAGAGAAAGUGGCUCUCUCACAGACACCACCAUACAGGUAAACAAGAGUCACUUUCGCUGCCAUCGUGCCAUUCUCGCUUGCAAUAGUCCAUACUUUCAGGCUAUGUUCACCAAUGAUUUCCUAGAGAAGGUCAAAGGCAUCGUGACCCUUGACAGAAUGAAUCCAUUAAUAGUUGCCCAGAUCAUUGAGUUUUCCUACACAUCGCAACUGACCAUCAACACAUCCAAUGCACAGGAGUUGCUUGAAGCAGCCAGUCACCUGCAGUAUCAGAGCAUUGUCAAAGCCUGUUGUCUUUUCCUCAAGAAGCAUCUGAAUCCAUCCACAUGUCUGGGAAUUAAACACCUUGCAGAAACCUACUCCUGUGCAGACUUACUUGCAGCUGCUUCAAAGUACUGCCGAGAGAACUUCAUCGAAGUAAGUCAGCAAGAAGAUUUCCUGAGGCUAUCGGCUGAUGAGCUUGCAGAUUACAUAUCUUCAGAUGAAUUGAAGGUAGAAAAGGAAGAAGUUAUUCUCAAAAUGUGUAUGAAAUGGUGUGAGUUCAGUCACGACAGAUCUGAAGCAUUCCAUCAGGUUCUCGAGAAGGUACGUCUAGUGUACAUCAAGCCGUCCGUCCUUCUAGGAUAUUUGUCCAAUCCCAUCAUAAAGGAUCACAACCAGAAUGGUAAACAGAUCCUUGCAGCUAUAUCUUUGCAACAGCAGCUCCAAAACAAAACAAGCGCAGAGGGUUGUAGCCCUAUCCCCCGUCCUUCUACAUAUGCUGAAGUAAUGGCAGUGGUGAGCGGAUAUGGCAAGAACUAUUCAAGCGUGAGAGAUGUGGUAUACUAUGAUCCAAGCAAUGACAAAUGGGCUCCUUUAGCCCAGCUUCCUCACAGUAUCAGCAAUUUUGCUGUUUCAGUGCUGGAAGGUCAAAUCUAUGUCACAGGAGGUAAGGUGAACCGAACAAUAACCAGCUCAACAUGGGUGCUAGACCCAGCCACGAAUGCAUGGUCCAAGGGCACAGAAUUGAAUGGAGCUCGGCAGCAGCAUGGUUCAACUGCGACAGCAUCUGGAAAGAUGUUUGUGGUUGGAGGGGAGAAUGAAAGUGGUAUGGACUGGACAGUGGAGGAAUUCACCAAGUUGCAGAAGAAGUGGACAGUGGUUACAUCGCUCCAACAAGCUGUGGUUGACCCUGCUGUCGUGUCUAUCAAAGAAAAGAUUUAUGUUGUUGGUGGUAGCACCGAGAUGCACAUGGCCUAUGAGCAUAUACAAUGCUUCAACACGACCAACAACAACUGGCACAUCAUCAAGCACAUCUCGAUCCCAAGCUGUCAUUUCCCAGCAGUUGCUAAUGGCAACAAGAUAUAUCUAAUGAGCGGAUUCGGCAAACAGGGUGUUAAGGUCUAUGAUGUAGAACACAAUACAAUGCUUCCCCCUGUCCCUAUGUGUAGCUCUGAGAGGCACUUAUUUGCUGCAUCAUCUGUCCAAGGUAAGAUUGUUGUCACUGGAGGUAUGGACAACUACCAGUCUCUCUCAUCUACAGAAGUCUACUGCCCUACUACCAAUGAAUGGAAGUUAGGAGCUCCAAUGCCAAAGGCUCUCAGAGCGCAUAAUUGUGGAGUGGCCUGCAGGCUCUACUUGGGUCCGCCAUUUGAUGGUGAUUGAGCUUUUCAUUCGCUAGCAUAAGUAGAGCAUAGGUAGUACUGUAUAACCAGGUCCUCUUCAUCCAAUAUAUUCAAAACUAAAGACGGCUCAAUUAUUUAAAUGGUGUAUGAGGUGGCAUCCAUAAUAUGAUGGUGAUUUACUUUGAAAAUGUUGAGGAAAAAAAAAUAUUCAAAGAGCUAGAAAACAUAUGCUUGUGUUAUGAGUGCAUUAUAUUUGAGAAUGAUUAUGAUCAAUACAAAUGAAUUUACUUUGUAUUUAGUUCAUGUGGAGUGUUGACUUUGGUUGACAGAAGUGAGCCAGUGUUGAUGAAGUUGACUGUAGUGAGAAAGACGAUAAUUCAUGUCCCUGAAUUGUGUUAGAAUCAGCUGCAAGCUGAUGAAGCUUCUUGCAGUAAGAACAUGGUUAUUAUCAAAAAUGAAAGUGCAUCAACUGUAAAAGACAGAAGUAAAAUAUGGUUUGAAAAGGGGUUUGUUUGGCUACAAUUUCUUAAUUGUAGUUGAUUAAAAUGCAAAGAUGGCUGUUGUGGUAGUUAUGUACGUUACAGUUCCUAAGUUGUAAUGUAAUUUGUAAACAUGUUUAUCUGUAAUUUUCAAAACUAUCCAUGAUGUUGCUGUUUUUCUCUUAUAUUUGAUUUUAUACCGCACUGCAGUUUUUGCAGAUGUAGCCAAAGAUUAUGGUUAGCUGGAGUGUCAGUGACUAUUUUCUUUUUUAAUUCCUUCUAAAGAAAAAAAGAAGAAUUAUAUUCCAUGUGUAUUAAAUGGGAAUAUUAAAUAACCAGUAAGGAUCUGUAAAGAAACCAAAAUUCUCUGACAUAUAUUCUUAUGCAUCUUUAUGUAAGAUUGAAGUAAGUUAGUUAGAAGUGCAAUAAAUAAAGAGUCUACUCAAUAGUACUUACAGUGGAUUAUGUGACUGGAUUAUUCUACUACAAUAAGAUCAUUAGUUCAUGAAGAAUAUAAUAUACAUAUAGUUUCUUUGAUAUAGAUCAAUGUCAUGUUGGUCAGAGCUGGACCCUGUCUGACAAAGAUUUACGAUUUAUCCGAUUAGCCUCAAGUAUAUAGAAAUCAAUCGAUGUAAUGAUUUUUCUUCAGGAAAUUUGAAGA